UCAUUGGCUACUACAAAGCGCCUGUCGGAGUUUUUGUUUUUCUCUCUUUUUUUUUUUUGAGACGGGGAGUCUCGCUUUGUUCGCCAGGCUGGCCUGCAGUCUUUGGCUCAGAGAAUCCUCUGUCGUAGCUGGGAUUAAUGGCGCGUGCUGCUGCGUUCGGCUUGUAUUUUUUUUCAACUUUUGUCCCCUUCUUCCACACCUAAUUUUCCUGACCAGACAGCAGUGUUUUGAUAGAGCAUGUUUACCUUUUGGUAAAAUUAAAGAUAAUUAAUUUCUGUGGUAUCCCCACUUCUGUAUAACCUUAAGAAAAAAAAAUCCUUCCCUCAAAAUGUAUCCCCUACAGGUUUUUGCUCAACUACUUGAUACUGUGUUAGAAGUUUCUGAAACCUUUCACAAAAAUGGGAUUCCUUUGUUAUGCUUUAGCUAAGGACUUUUAUUGAAAGCUACAAAGCACAAUCUCAUAUACAGUAAAAUUACACUAGAGCUCACAGAAACAACUUUAUUAAAUAUUCAUACUCUUGAAUCCUACAUUUGAAGCUUCCUGACGCUGUUUUCUAAAGCCUUGGGAAUACUUUGUCAGGCGCAAAAUGGCGGCUCUCCAGCACCACCGCCAAGCACUCGUUUAGAAUUGUUCCCUUUGCGGAGCUGGCGAAGGAUAUGACCCCAGAAAAACCGAAACCCAGACCGCAAAGAGCAUAAUUUCACCUCGUCAAAAACAGACAGGAGAGUUUAAAACGUCUCAAGCGUUGAAAUGGCAUGAAUAUGACCCUUGUAUACCAACAGGAGGUAGGCCAGAUUCUACCUUUUGAUUGGUUUAGUCCAUUUCCUUGAGUAGCCAUUAAGAAUGCAGAUCUGGCCAUCCUUCAUUUGCGAGGAGCGGCAAUCAUUAUUUAAGAAGCUAGUAUUACAGGCUACUUGUGAAUCAUAUAAUUCGGAGUAGUUCCUUUUUAAAGGUUGCGUUUGUUUAAAUGCCUCGUUUAUUACACUAAGGAAAGUCCAUAUCUUUCAAAAAAGUGUUUAACUUACAAAAACUUUACAACUUUGUAUACCUGUUUUAUAAUUCACUAGCCUUCAAACUAAGCAUAGUUUUUUUUCUAGGUGUUUAAGUUCAUAGAAAUCAAGUGACACAUUUGAAAACAUAGCUUCUCAGUAAAAUGGGAGGUAGGAAAGACUGGUGGAGAUGAUGGACACAUUCACGGUCUUUACAUUACAGUAUUAGCACCUGGUUUGAAGGAAAAGGCAUUCUCGGGUUACCUAGCCCUGUGCGGACUUGUUUGAAAACUGCAACAGUGCGCGCAGGAAAUACUGCCGCCGUCUCGCGAGCGCUGGGCGGUUACCAAGAAUUGAAUUGUGGAAAUGGAUGUCGGUUUUAAUGGCAUUUUAUUCUCCUGCUAGUUAGUUUCUGGUUCGCUAUGUGAAAUCGUUUUAGCGUGUUGAUGCUUUUAAAUGCUCUUUAUAGCCACAGUUUAAAGGGGUGGGUGCCAUAAAAUCUUGUCUCUAGGGUAUGUUCUCCCGUUUUCACACUAAGGAGACCUAAACUCCAAUGCCUGUCUGAGACCCGUUUCGUCCACCUAGCGUUUAUUUAACGCCUCUCAUAAGCUCAAUUGUGAGCUCCAUAAAUUUUUGUUGAAUUAGAGAAUGAGCUGAUCAUGUCACGGUACGCUGAUUGCAUGUGCUGACCUGGAACAUAGGUUGUAAAUGUUAAAGCCUAUUUGGGGUAUGUCGUAUGAAUAAAAAGGCAUUGGAAAUUCGUGAAGUUCAUUGAACUGCGGAAAUAAAUUGCAAUUGCAGAAAUUAUCUGCAUACUGUUUUCCACACAUGUGGUUUGUUAAUUGUGGCCUUAGUGAAUUCUGGUAUUUUCUACGAUUCGUUUUCCUCUGACCAUAAUACGUAAAAGGUAUUCACCAGAUAUGUUGCACUAAAACGUUGCCAGGAAUUGCAGUGGCAUUGAUGAGAACUUGUCCCAAACCUGCAGACAAGGCCCGAAACCCUCGCUUUCCUCUUUCCCUUCCCAAUUAUUCUUACCAAUUAAAAACGAACAUCCAUGACAAUUCGUCCUCUAGUAUUUUCUGGCAAAACUCCUUUAAAUUUUAAGUGGUUGCCUCAUUUACAAACCGCUUCCCCUCAUUUCAUCCCUUCCCUAAAAAAGACACGCUUUUUGACAGGGAAGUAGCAGCCUCUGACGCUAUUUGGGCAGCGGAGCCUGCCUACAAAUUCCGUCUCCACGAGGCUGGUCUUUCGGGUGCGUUUGCGGGCUUGGAGGGGUUGACCGACUUCGGGCCCUAGAGGCCCCUACCCCCAGCCGGCUUCUGAGACACUGCAACGACUGCGGCGGCGCCGGGGGCGCUAGGGUACGAGGGGCGGGCACUGGCGCGCACCAAUCACAGUGCAGCCCCGCCCUAUAAAUACGCUGCUCCGGAGCUUUUUCUGCGUUCCCCUGCUUUGUCAGGUCUUACCAGAUCGUUUUGUUUUCUCCCGCGGUCAUCAUGUCGGAGACGGCACCAUCCGCUCCAGCUGCUUCCAUGGCUCUUGAAAAGCCUUCAGCUGGCAAGAAGGCGAAGAAACCUGUGAAAGCUGUAGCAUCCGCUAAGAAAAAAGCCGUUGGUCCCUCCCUGUCGGAGUUGAUCGUGCAGGCUGUUUCCUCGUCCAAGGAGCGCAGCGGCGUGUCCCUGGCUGCUCUCAAGAAGACGCUGGCGGCUGCUGGCUACGAUGUGGAGAAGAACAACAGCCGCAUCAAGCUGGGCCUUAAGAGCUUGGUGAACAAGGGCACGCUGGUGCAGACUAAGGGCACCGGCGCCUCUGGGUCUUUCAAGCUCAACAAGAAAGCAUCCUCUGUGGAAGCCAAGCCCAGCGUCUCAAAGGUGGCAACAAAACCCAGGGCAACAGGCGCUUCUAAGAAGCCCAAAAAGGCCACGGGGGCUGCUGCUAAAAAGAGCGUCAAGACUCCGAAAAAGGCUAAAAAGCCUGUGGUAGCAAAAAAGCCCUCCAAGAGUCCCAAGAAGUCCAAAGCUGUGAAGCCCAAGAAAGUAGCAAAGAGCCCCGCUAAGGCUGUAAAGCCCAAAGCAACUAAGGUGAAGGUGACUAAGCCAAAGACUGCUGCCAAACCCAAGAAGGCAGCACCCAAGAAAAAGUAAAAGUUCUGGUUGGAAGCUUCUUCCAGUGACCCAACGGCUCUUUUAAGAGCCACCUAUGUAUUUCAGGAAAAGAGCUCUAGCACACACAACGGCCCUUAAGCCAAGCUUUGCUCUGUAUUAAAAUCACGUUUUCAUCUAGGUUGAGUUCCAGCUAAUAACCAAAAAGGUAAUCUUUUAGGUGACUUAAAAUGCAACUUGGGGUGUCGCCCAGUAAAUAUGCAACUAUUACUCGCUAAGAGUUUUAUUUAGGUGCACCUGGAAAUGCCACACCCAAGACUAAUAGGUUGAAUUCCUCACCCAGGUUCGAAGUGUGUACCACGUGCACUCAAUCUAACUUUCCUUGGUUUGUGCAAGUUCAAAGCGAAAAUGUUUUGUUUUGGGGCCAAUGUUGCUUAAGCAGCUUUUACCGAAAUUGGUGGCCCUAAGAAAUGCUUUUGGAGUAGUUGGUAAUAACAUUCCUUUAAUCACUCCUUUUCCGCAGCUGUGGUAAGCAAGAGGUUUGUCUUUGAGAAUGAUGUUGACCAGCUGGCGUGGAUGGCGUUUGGGUUGCUGUCUUCAAAGAGCCUCACCAGGCUGGAGUAGUUCCUGAGAAGUUCCUGGAUGACAGCAUGAGGGACAAACUACAGACGUCAAACUCAGCCCAAAGUCAUAUCUUGAGGGCAAGGUCAACUUAUAGCUCAAGGAAAGGAAGGAAUACAGCAAAUUCACACAGCAGAUUCCAUUACCUGCUUGCAGUUAAGAAGAAAAGGAGUGGAUUUGGCAGUUCACAACAAUUACUAUUUUUCUCUUUGUCCCCAUAAAAGCAGCAAGCCACUUGGCCUCCCUCCAGGCAUCAAUCUCCCUUCUCUUUCUUUGGGAUCCCACGCCAUUUCCCUGCUCUCUUCCCUUCUCCCCCCUUUCUCCCUCACACACAUUCUGUCCUUCUAAAGAGUAAGAUAAACUUGUAACUUUUAUAUCUUAAUUUCUGCAUGAGAAAUCUUUUCCAUUUGCGCCGUGAGCAUCUACUAGGCUUUCCACCCUCACAGGUUGGUUCGCAGACUUCAAUUUGAAAGCUUUCUACUUUUGUUAACUCCCUUAGGAAUCCAUAAGCCUUCCUGGCUGAUGCCACUUUUGCUAUUUCUAGGCUGCUUGUUUUAUAACUGUUCUGAAGGGUGUGGUGGGAAAAAAGUGAUAACAGCGGUGGGGGCUCAUUUGCAUGAAAAAACAUCACAAAAUUCAUCCAAACCAGCCUCCCGUUCUUCUCUGUCCUAUUGCUGUGUCUUAUUUUCCUCCUCUAUCCCUCAGCUGGACUCAAAUAUGUUAGACAUGUUCCAGGUGGGAACCCGAAAAGUAUGUAUAAUAGGAUGGAAUGUGAUUUAUGGAAAACUUAUGCUUGUAAAACAAUAGCCACAGGAGUCUGGAGAGUCCUCAGACAUUGUAAAUCUGAGGGCUACAGCCAGCGUUCCUUCCCGCCACCCCCACCCCUCACCAUAUAGGGACGAAGUUUAUCCCUUUCUUGAUGCAGCCAGAGUUGAAUGAUGGUUGUGACUGGGGCAGGGGUCCUAGGAACUGGUUAUUUGAAAAAGAAUUUAUUACAAGCUGCUGUUCUGGCCCACUUACUUCCCCCCAGAAAAACCCUCUAUAAAACCCAAGGCUCUCCCCUUUUCUGUCUCCCCUUUUUCGCCUCCACCUAUCAGAACCCCAUGCUCAAAAUAAACAGCAUUUUGCUACA